CGCUGCGUGUAGUUCUCGCGAGAUUUCACGAGAGGAUAAGUUGAAGGGAACAUGGCGACGUCUCAUUUGCUAAAGAACAAAGGCUCCCUUCAAUUCGAGGACAAAUGGGAGCUGAUGCGUCCGAUCGUGCUGAAGCUGCUGCGGCAGGAGAGCGUCACCAAGCAGCAGUGGUUCGACUUGUUCUCAGACGUCCAUGCUGUGUGUCUUUGGGACGACAAAGGUCCCGCUAAGAUCCACCAGGCGCUCAAAGAGGACAUCCUAGAAUUUAUCAAACAAGCACAAGCACGGGUGCUGAGUCACCAGGACGACACGGCGCUGCUGAAAGCGUACAUUGUGGAGUGGAGGAAGUUCUUCACUCAGUGCGACAUCCUCCCAAAGCCCUUCUGCCAGCUGGAGAUCACUCUGAUGGGGAAGCAGGGCAGCAACAAGAAGUCCAACGUGGAGGACAGCAUCGUCAGAAAGCUGAUGCUGGACACGUGGAACGAGUCGAUCUUCUCCAACAUUAAGAGCCGGUUACAGGACAGCGCCAUGAAGCUGGUUCACGCUGAGCGGCUCGGAGAAGCCUUCGACUCUCAGCUGGUGAUCGGAGUGAGGGAGUCGUACGUGAACCUGUGCUCGAACCCAGAGGAUAAGCUUCAGAUCUACAGAGAUAACUUUGAGAAAGCGUACAUGGACUCGACCGAGAGGUUCUACAGAACUCAGGCUCCGGCUUACCUGCAGCAGAACGGGGUCCAGAACUACAUGAAAUAUGCUGAUUCGAAGUUAAGAGAAGAAGAGAAGCGAGCGCUGAGAUACCUGGAGACGAGAAGAGACUGUAACUCUGUUCAGGCUUUAAUGGAGUGUUGUGUGAACGCUCUGGUCACCUUGUUUAAAGAGACCAUUUUGACCGAGUGUCCCGGGAUGAUCAGACGAAACGAGACAGAGAGUGAGUACGGCCGGACGAACCCCACCAAAGGCACAGCAAGCUCAGAGCUGCACCUGAUGUUCUCUCUGAUGGACAAAGUGCCGAGCGGCAUCGAGCCGAUGCUGAAGGACCUGGAGGAUCACAUCAUGAGCGCUGGACUCGCUGACAUGGUGGCAACAGCAGAGACAAUCACUUCUGACUCAGAGAAAUACGUGGAGCAGCUUCUCACGUUGUUUAACCGUUUCAGCCGCUUGGUGAAAGAAGCGUUUCAGGACGACCCGCGCUUUCUCACCUCUCGAGACAAAGCGUAUAAAGCUGUUGUGAACGACGCCACUAUUUUUAAAUUAGAACUUCCUUUGAAGCAGAAAGGGGUCGGUCUGAAAACCCAACCAGAGUCAAAGUGUCCGGAGCUGCUGGCCAACUACUGCGACAUGUUGCUGAGGAAAACCCCGCUCAGCAAGAAACUCACGUCUGAGGAGAUCGAGGCAAAGCUCAAGGAAGUGCUGUUGGUGUUGAAGUACGUCCAGAACAAAGACGUGUUCAUGCGUUACCACAAAGCUCACCUGACGAGACGCCUCAUCCUCGACAUCUCAGCCGACAGCGAGAUCGAGGAGAACAUGGUGGAGUGGCUCAGGGAAGUGGGAAUGCCGGCUGAUUACGUCAACAAGCUGGCGCGGAUGUUUCAGGACAUCAAAGUGUCCGAGGACCUCAACCAGUCUUUUAAAGAAAUGCACAAACACAACAGGCUGACUCUACCAGCGGACUCUGUCAACAUUAAGAUCCUGAACGCUGGCGCCUGGUCUCGAAGCAGCGAGAAAGUGUUCGUGUCUCUUCCCACUGAGCUGGAGGAUCUGAUCCCAGAGGUGGAGGAUUUCUACAAGAAGAACCACAGCGGCAGGAAGCUGCACUGGCACCACCUCAUGUCCAACGGCAUCAUCACGUUUAAGAACGAGGUGGGUCAGUACGACCUGGAGGUCACGACCUUCCAGCUGGCGGUUCUGUUUGCGUGGAACCAGAGACCGAGAGAGAGGAUCAGCUUCGAGAACCUCAAGCUGGCCACAGAGCUGCCGGACGCCGAGCUCAGACGCACUCUCUGGUCUCUGGUGGCGUUUCCCAAACUGAAGCGUCAGGUUGUGUCCUACGACCCGCCGGUGACGUCGCCUAAAGACUUUGACGAGGGAACGCUGUUCUACGUCAACCAGGAGUUCUCCCUCAUAAAGAACUCGAAGGUCCAGAAGAGAGGGAAGAUCAAUCUGAUUGGUCGACUGCAGCUCACCACGGAGCGAAUGAGAGAAGAGGAGAACGAGGGCAUCGUGCAGCUCAGGAUACUGAGGACACAGGAGGCCAUAAUCCAGAUCAUGAAGAUGAGGAAGCGCAUCAACAACGCUCAGCUGCAGACGGAGCUGGUGGAGAUCCUGAAGAACAUGUUUUUACCACAGAAGAAGAUGAUCAAGGAGCAGAUCGAGUGGCUCAUCGACCACAAGUACAUCAAGCGGGACGAGACAGACCUAAACACCUUCAUCUACAUGGCGUAGCACUUAAAUUCUGGCUUUAACUUCUGCUAAACCCCGGACCUGAUGGACUCUUCCAGGAUCCCCGUCCUCUAUUUAAAAAUAAGGCAUACGUUUUAUUUAAAGAGUAAAAAGACUUCCUGCCUUACGGUUGUACAGAGAUGACAGAAGUGGUUUUUAAUGCGUCUGCUGUCCAGAUGAAGCUGUCUAAUGUUUGUUUUUCGUCGUCUGGAUCGCUGCUAAAACACUCCCCGAUCAAUGCAAGUCUUCAAAGGCAUGUUGGCAGGAAAGAGGAGGAACUCAAAAUACCUGCAGAACACCUGAACCCUGAACUCCUCACCGUGCUAACUGCAGAUAAUCCCGACGUUAAGUGUGUACAAAGAGCCACGUAAACACUUCACAGGUUGCAGAACUGAACAGCAACGAAUCAUAACUCCUCCUUCUGUUGCCGGGUAGAAAAAGAAAUUAUGAAAUCAGUAAAAGGGGAAACUCGAGCUUGUGUUUGUGCGACUGCUCUCUCUUUUCUUUCUGCAGGAAACCCGGGAAAAGGAGGCAGAGGUCAGUAUUACACAUGGUAAAUACUACAGUACAAAGCUUUAGGAGAGUGAACCAUGAGAUGUGAAUAAUAAAACGAUUAAAUAAAACAGCA